AUGGAAGGUGACCAAGUGCAAAUGCAGUCUGAUCUUCUUGCCCUGAGACAAUUAUACGGGCUUCUUCAAAAUAUUAUUGGAUUUGGUAUUCCAAAUAUAAGCUUAGAAAAUGUUGGCAAGUUGUUAGAUAAGAAAGCGCUGCAACUACUAAAGAAUCUUCUGGAUGAUGCCAGACAAAGGCUCUCUAAGACAAGUACUGCUAUUUCACAAGAUCGUGUCGUUUAUUCAGAGGUCUCUAAACUCAGAUUCUCAUCAAACAAAAAGAAUCAAUGCCAAAGUAGAGAUCCAUGUGAUCAAAAGAAGCCCGAAUUCCGAAUUGGCAAUUGUUCAAAUGAUCUUAGUAGUAGUAGUUGUAGUACUAGUCUUAUGAUGGACAAGAAAUUAUUAUCUGAAUUUUCGAAGGAAGUCACGGACGCGAUUUUCGAAAUCGAUUCCCGAGUUUUGGCCUUGCAAAAUUUGAUGAUGAAUACUCCUGCCAAGAAUUACAACAAUUCUUUGACAAGCGAAACAAUAUUUAAGGAGGAGAAGAGCUUUAAUUAUGAUGAAACGCUGAGUCGACAAGCGAGUCAUCAGCCGAGCCAGUACUUUGACAUUUACAAGCCUAGAAAUCGACUUGAAUCGGUGAGUCGACAUGGAACGAGUUACGUCCAUGGCUUGAGGGUACCGCUGAGUCAAGAUCAGGAUGACUCGGCUGGCACGAGUUGGCCUUCUUUCGGAAUUAAUCAGAAUAAUAAUCCAACGGCUAGAAAAGCGAGUAGUGCUACCAGGAGAAUAACAAGAUCAGGUGAUUAUCAUCACAAGAUCAUCACGAGGCCAACUUUGUUAAUGGAUCAACAGGCUAAUCAGAGCAGAUCAAACAUCGUACUAUCAUCAGAUCCUUCCUCUUCAUCCGAAAGUGAAACAAAAUCGAAUAAUUCCAUUGCGAGCCCGACAAGAUCUUCAACGUCAUCAUCAUCAGUGAGAUCAUCAUCAAGUGAUGAUGAACAAACACAAAGCAGCUCGUCAUACAGUCGAAGUCAUAUUCGAAUUAAUCCGAUUUUUUCGAGACGAGAAAGAGAUAAUUCGGAGAAAGGAAUUGGACGGCUGAGGCGGAUUAAGAACAAGUUAGGGCUGAUUUUCCACCACCACCAUCAUCAUCACCAUCACCACCGCGGUAACAACCGGAAGCUACUGCAGAGAAUCUUUCACGCCAAGAAUAAUAAUAAUAAUAUAAAGGCGCAUAUUGGAGGAGUGAAGGAUAGGAAGGGGACAAGAAAAUCAGUGGUCAAGAGUAGUACUGACCGUAAAAAUGUUAGACAUUUUCAUGCAUUGGUAGAGGGGCUAAUGCAGCACGUCGGUGGGCGCCGCCGCCGCCGCCGUGUAAAGAAGGCGGGGACGGGUAAAUUGGGCGAGCCGAAGAAGAGGUUGGGGAAGGGGAUUGGUUGGUGGCAAAGGUUUGGAGGCCGUGGAGGAGUGAAGAUGGUUAAUAGACGAGGACGUGUGAGGGUAAUUAGGUUUGCCAAUAAGACACCAAAGUUGAAGAUGUGA